CCCUGUUCACAGACGUCAGCAGCAGCACCACGGAGGCUGGAGCAGUGGGCUACCUCUGCUGACACACACAACACACGCAGAUACAGACAUGCCAUAUUAACGCGGCAGCACAACGGGGACACGCCGCCGCACUGCGAAGCGGAGGAGCUGUGUCGCAGCAGCUCAGGAAUGUCCACCGUGCAGCCCUGAGGAGAAAAUGAAGCGCAAGAGCGAGAGGAGGCGAGCCGAGUCGAGGAAAAAGCGCUGUGCAGCUCCCAACAGCUCAGAGGCGGAGCCAAACUCUGAUAUUUACAUUGAGAUAACAGAUCAACUAUAUUUUGCCAUACUUCAGCAAAAGAUCAAGAGCACUGCUGAAAGACACUGUUUCUGCAUAGAUGAAGAGCUGGCAUACGAGAACUUCUAUGCGGACUUUGGUCCCCUUAAUCUGGCCAUGUUUUAUCGCUUCUGUUGCAAGCUGACGAAGAAGCUCAAGUCCAUAACACUCUCAAGGAAGAAGAUCAUAUUUUAUACGUGCGGAGAUCAGAAAAAACAAGUCAAUGCUGCCUACCUAAUAGGCUCAUAUGCAGUAAUGCAUUUAAAUAUGAUGCCGGAGGAGGCCUACAGUCUGCUGGUGUCAAGGAAUUCAACGUAUAUUCCAUUCAGAGAUGCCUCAUUUGGUACUUGCAUGUACAAUCUGAACAUCCUCGACUGCCUUCGUGGUGUUCACAAAGCUCUACAGUAUGGCUGGCUCGACUUCUCUAACUUUGAUGUGGAAGAAUAUGAGCACUAUGAGAGAGCAGAAAAUGGAGACUUAAACUGGAUCAUUCCAGGAAAGUUCCUUGCUUUCAGCGGGCCUCAUCCAAAAAGCAAAAUAGAGAAUGGGUAUCCUUUGCAUGCUCCCGAGGCUUACAUCCCAUACUUCAGGAAACACAACAUCACCACGAUCAUCAGACUCAACAAGAAGAUGUAUGACGCGAGGCGUUUUACAGACUCUGGCUUUGAGCAUCAUGACCUGUUCUUUGUGGAUGGGAGUACACCGAACGACUCCAUUGUCAGAAAGUUCCUCAAUAUCUGUGAGAAUGCAGAAGGAGGUAUUGCUGUUCACUGCAAAGCUGGUCUGGGGAGGACUGGUACUCUGAUCGGCUGCUACAUGAUGAAACAUUACCGCCUGACUGCAGCAGAGGCAAUUGCAUGGAUACGGAUCUGCCGACCAGGGUCCAUCAUUGGCCCUCAGCAGAACUUUGUUGAAGAGAAGCAGAACGGUCUGUGGGCAGAUGGAGAUGUUUUCCGAGAGAAGAUGUUAAAUGAACGAGAGAAUGGCAAGAUGGCUGUAACCAGGAUCCUCUCUGGAGUGGAUGACAUAACCAUCAAUGGCAGCAACAAGAACAGGGCAUCCAAGAAAGAAGAAAUGGACCUGUACAAUGAUGAAGAGGAGAGAAAUGGCCUUACACAAGGUGAUAAACUACGAGCCCUUAAGAGCAAGAGGCAGUCCAGAUCGUCUUCAGGUUCAUUAUCGCAGGUGGUAGUGUUCUGCUGCAGCCUCAUGGGCACGGUGUGGCCGAUGUGUUGCCUGCCGUUCAAAAGAUAGCAGAGAGAGGCAGAGAAAGAGUGGGGGAGAGGAAAAACAGAGAGAGGAUGUGAGGUUUUGUAUGAUGGAGGUAAGUGCACGUCACUUCCUUAUUUAGCUGACAUCCUCCUCCUGUAGAAAUGGUUGCUAUGCCAGUGAAUGGUAUGGCUAACGGUAUGGCUGAUUUGAAGUUGUUCUGUUUUUCUUUCUUUUCUUUCUUUCUUUGGAUGACUAUGGUGUGAAGUGGAUAUGCACUUAAUGGAUGCAUUACAUUUACACGCCUUUCAUUAUCUGCCUCAUGGACACACUGAGCUGUACUGCUUUGAUAUCGAGGCAUAUCUGAGAUAUCCUCUGAGUUACAAUAAAGCUCUUAAGUUGAGCCCACUGUAUUUGUUAACAAAAGCACCAGUUAUUCAACUAAUCAUGGUUUUGCAUAAGAUCUGGAUUAGUUGAAUUAAACGUUUUAGUGCUUGGCUUGCAUUACUGACUUGGCACUUUAAAAAAAUGUUAGUGAGGGAAACUUGGGCCUCAUUCUCAUCUGUAGUAGGAGCUUCCUCAUUGUUGGGUAAAGUAGCUAACUUGUUAGCUUGACCAUUUAAGUUAUAGGUGUUUUGGAAAAUUGCAAAUAGUUCUUUGGUAUCAGAAUCAUCUGUGACUGAGGUGUUUUAUGGGUUUAAUUAGUGGCUUUAAUGUUGGGAUGGUAAAUUCCUCCUGAUAAUCAGUCUAAUAAAAAGAAUUACAAAGCUUCAUAUAUUGAGCUUCUGAGGAGGUAGCGGGAUGUAAACAGGUUGUUAUCCAUUCUCAUGAGGGAGUUGAGGCAGAAGGAAGAUUUGCUUGCACUUCAGGCCAUAUGCUGUAUCAGUGUAUGCGUUGCUACACAAACAUCUAAUUUCCAGCUGAACUUCACCAUCUGGCUACACUGUUUGUUUUGUUAUGUAACACUGAAGUGCAUGUUGAAUUCCCGGGACGACUAGAACGAAGAAUAUCAAACUUUUCUUCACCUUCUCUGCCUUUUCGUGCAUGGCAACAGGCAUGACACCCUUGGACAUGCACGCAUGCACAUGCCUCUGUGUUUGUGUCUAACAUGUAAUUAAUGUUGGGCCGGGAUCAUUGUCAAUUGCCUGUUGUUUUUCCAUUGCUUCUGUGACUGGAUCAAUGUACACAUAUCCGCUGAGCUUUGUUUACUCCUUCAGUUUUCUGUCUCUGCCACCUCAUUUUAAAAUGGUGCAUUUAUGUGGAACAAAAUUUGACGAUGGUACUUAAAUUCUUGUGUGAUCUGACCUUUUUAAGACUUGGUUCUUUGCAUUUAUAGAACCCAACCAAUAUAGUGGCAGGCUAAAAUCAACCACUAGCUGUUAAUCACAGAUACUAUAAAUCUUUUGAUGCCUCUUAAUGUUUUUAUAAGCUCUGACUAUAUAUGAACUUUUUUCAUAAUUAAUUUUCAUUUAGUUAAAAUUAAUCCAGUGUCAUCUUUAUAUCUACUAUCAGUAUAUAUUUUAAAAGUAAAAUUUAUUUUAAACUUGAACCCUGGUAUUUACUGUUUUCUCUGUCCAAAAUGCGUCAAGAUUUUGUACAAACUUAAGAUAUCUUUCUUUUGUUAUUAUAUAUUGUUAGCCUUUUCCAACUCUCAAAUAUUAGUAUCCACUUCAAAAUUCCUACACUGGGUGGGUUCUAAGUAUAUGGCAGACUGCUAGUACAUCAGAGCAAGUGGAGAACAAAAACUUGCUGUCUGGCACUGCUGGAUGCAAGGCUCUGUGAAAAAGUGUUUCAUCUAAUCCAGUCCCAGAGGAAAAGCAGAACAUCAGAGGCUUUGUGUCCUGCCCAGACGUCUCUUGUCUCUCCUUCCUUUUUUUCCCCUUUUUUUCCGUUUGCUCUUGUUGUUGGAUUUGUCCUCC